ACAUGUUAGCAUUAUUAUCAUAAACCUCUUAUAGAAUGAUGAUAAUGAUGUGCGCACAUUAUUAUUUACCAGAAAUAAUAUAUUAAAAAACAAAAACAAUCCUUUGAUGAUUACAAUUCAAAAUACAUUCUGUUAUCACUAUGUCGAAAACGAAGACAAAAACAAUGGUUACGACAAAUAAAGUUUGUAAUUUAGAAUGUAAAAUUUGUUUACUUGGUGAUACCGGUGUCGGUAAAUCAUCAAUUGUUCAACGUUUUGUUCAUAAUACAUACAAUCCAUGUAUGGAAAAUACAAUUGGAGCUUCAUUUAUGACUAAAACCAUGUACAUUAAAAGUACAUGUUAUAAAUUAAACAUAUGGGAUACGGCCGGACAAGAAAGAUAUAAAGCCCUAGCGCCAAUGUAUUAUCGGGGAGCCAAUAUUUGUAUCGUUGUUUAUGAUGUCACUUCAAGAUCAUCGUUUGAUUCGGUUCAAUCAUGGAUACGUGAAUUACGAACAUAUUUAUUGGAAAAAUGUUUGAUUUGUAUCGUCGGCAAUAAAUCUGAUCUUGCCGAUAGACGUGUCGUCAUGCAUUAUGAAGCAAAACAAUAUGCCGAUAGUGUUGAUGCAUUUUUCAUUGAAACAAGUGCUAAAAAUUGUAAUAAUAUAACCGAAUUAUUUAUAAAUGGUUUGAAUCGAUAUCGCGAGAUGGAACAAUCAUCAUCGUUGGCUGGCCAAAAAGAUAGCCCAAAUCAUGGACAAAAAUCGACAAGAUCAAUAUCAUUAAAGGAUGGAACGAGAAAUUCCGGAAAAUGUUGUUAGCUUUAAAUUUUUUUUUUAAAUCCAUUCUC